AUGAAAGUACAUGAAUCAUCAACAAGGGAUGUAGAAAAUUUAGAAGAUAGUGGUUCAGAGUCUGAUGUUCCUAUAAUGGAUAUAAUGAAAUCAAUAAAAGCUUCACGAGAAACAGACAAGUCUAAUUUAAGUUGUAAAAAGUCAUCUAGAACAAAGACAAUGUUUACAAAUGCUCAUAAAUUAUCUAUGGGUGGUGCAGAGGCUUCUAAAAGUCUAGAUAAGUGCAUCAAGUGCAAAUUCAAGUUUGUAAGUGAGGAUGAAUUUAUUAAUCAUGUCUGCAAAGCAGUUUCUGAUGUAUACGAGUGUGAAAUAUGUUUCAAACAAUAUAAAUCUCGUUUUGCACUUAAAGAACACAAAGAAAUAUCUCAUCAAGAUAAUUCUUUAUUCAUUUGUAGUAUAUGCCUCCACAAUAAACGCAAAGCCUUUCAAAUGCCCAUGUUUGCUCCAAAUGUUUUCAACUCCAACGGUGAGCUUGUCAUACACGUCCGAAUACACACCGGUGAACGUCCUUUUCCAUGCAAGGAGUGUGAAAUGGCUUUUUUCAAGCGCUUCCGGUUAACAACUACACAUGCUGAAACACACAGGUGUGAGGAAGUACAAGUGUCCGGUUUGUGA